AUACAGCCAGCGCAAAUCAACAAAGUUAAUCAAGACCAAAAAUCCUUCAUCAGUCUGAGAAUUUCAGCCGAUAAAGAACUUACUCUGAUCUUAACUGCUCAUUGAUCGCGGUGUCUGCUCUUUUUCAAUAUGAAAGCCACGCCAAUUAUUGCAGCUGUUCUGCUGUGCUUCGUCGGGAUCAGCCAGUCCUGCUGCCCACCAUUCUGGUCUCAAUUCAAGGGCCAAAGAUGUUAUCGCUACGUCGGUAUCCCGUCCACAUGGUUCGAAGCCCGGGAGUACUGCUACCAUCUCAGCCCGGGUAAGUCUCACCUCUUGACGCUGAACUCAGACAGCGAGGCCAAUCACAUCCACAAAAUCUUCGAGGAAAACGGAGCUGAGAAGCACAACUCGUACUGGAUUGGUCUGCAUGACUUCAAUAAGAACCAAAAAGUUUUCGAGUGGGACGACGGCAGUGUAACUCCGUACACUUUCUGGAACACCCGCGAACCCAACAACAACGGAUUGGAGGAUUGCGUCGAGGUAUAUAAGCUCAACCGACGCUGGAACGACCACCCCUGUACAUCCCUCAAACGUCCAUUCUUCUGCGAGAUGGAAAAAUAAUCAGUGAGGACAACCUUCAAGGCUGUACAUCCCUUUGUAUCUGAUGAACAUGUGAUUUACACUAAUACUGGUUCGUCAUAACAAUGAUGGACUUCGGCUUUACAGACAUAAUGAACUUUUAAACGACAGUUUCCAUGAUGCAGUCUUUUUCUCAUCAAGAACGAUUGGGUGUUAUACCAGAGUCAAACGUGGUACCGGACAUUGAGAACACAAUUCACAUUUUUCAAUCUUAAGAUUAAACCUUUUUUUAUUUUCCACACCAAUCAGAGCUAAUCAUUGGAAGUUUGAUUCAAUAACUGUUGAACAAGGAACACGUAAUAUCCAAAGAAGAAAAACAACUGCAACAUUUUUAAUCGAAAAUAAUUUUAACUGGUUAGAUGAAUUUUUGAAAAUGUUAUGUAGCACUACUGUAAUAGAGAGAAAUCCAACUGCAUUUUACAAGUCUUUCGUACGACCCUAGAAACCAUAGGUUUGGGAUAAAUCAACUAAUUAUUAUUAGCUAUAAUAAAUAGCUACAACUAGAAAAUUAUUAAGUACGUCAGAACUUUAAAAGAGUAUAAUCCAAUGACGUAUUGCGCAAGUUCCGCAUGCAUUAAUGCUUCGCAUGUACACGUUUCCUAUGUACACAUAAUCCCAGAAUAAUUGAUGUGCAACCAUGCCAAAUAAUUAGCACAUUUUACGCAAUUAAUAGAGAAACUAUUUU